AUGGUCCUCGAUGCGCCUGCGGUUAAGGCCCGCUCGUCCUUACAGCGGCUGAAAGCGAGGGUUGGCUUAAACAAGAAGCUUCCGCCGACACCGGUACCGGAGGUGGCGCACAGUGCGGCUCCAGCGGAGGUGGAACGGGGUGAAGGAGAACAAGGGGCUGCCAGUACAAGUGCUUCUCCGCUUGACGGCGCUAAAGCGACCAAGAUGGACGCGGAGCCGUCAACCUCCAUUGGUUCCUCGAGCUUAACACCGGCGCGACAGAGCGUCGGCACAAAUCCGACAGCGGAGGCUAACGCAGAAAAUCUGCCUCGUCCCCGCCUUCGCGAUAACGCCAUGUCGCGCCAGAACAGCAACCCUCUUUUCCGUUUCUCUGCGCGUUUCCGCUCGAACUCGUCGCCCGACGAGCCUCGUCCAAAAGCUCCCGCCCCACCGCCACUGCCGAAAGGUCUCAAGCAUACCAAAACGGUUAUCCAGCCCCAAUCAACCUCGGCACAAGCGCAAGCUCGACGAGAAGCCGCCCUUCGUGCCACUGGGUUGAUGCCUGCCCAGCCGGUCAAGACGCUCGCUCAGAUCGAGGCUGAGGAGGAUAGGCGUGUGGGCGUCGCGAGACCACCCGGCGCGGACUCCGCGGGCCCCAGCGAGGCGGCUGAACUGGUCAAGAUGUGGAGGGUGAAGAGCGCCACGAGCUCGCAUAGCAAAGACGCCGACCCUACUUCACGACCUCAUACGCCGCAGACUGCCUCUACACCCCGACCGGCUCCCGCAACCUCUCCCAUUCCGCCGGCUUCUCCGCGUUCGCAUCGAUCCAGGCGAUCUCUCGACCGUACCCACACGCAUACGAAUACGGACAGCACGGAGAAAGUUCAGCAGUGGCUGAGGCACUCGCCACAGUCUACGCCUCGUCCAGAACGCCAUUCCAGGGACAGCGAGCGUGAGCGUUUCGUGAGCUAUACGAUGCCACGGUCACCGGUUGCUGCUGCGAUUCCCCACGUCGCCCCAUCGCCACGCGCAGUCCAAGAGGCAGAUCUUACCGAGUCUGAAGAGUCUGAGGAGUUCUUCUCAUUACCACCCAACUCGCCGCAGCCUCUUAGCAACCCGGCAUCGCCCACUUCGCGUACAUUCUCAGAAGACUCGGGCCAUGCGUCUACGUCAACACACCCGUUGCCCAUGCUGGCACCCUCGUCUUCAGUCGGCAGUGAUACUUCCUGUUCUGCCGGGCCGCCCACGCCAUCUUUACCAUCAGCACCUGCUCUCUCGAAGCCUCGUGGCUUCAGCGCACAUCGCGGUGCCCCGAAUGGAAUUGCGCCUAUCAUUGUCGAGACAUCUGAGGAUGGGGUUCUGGUCAGCGGCUGCGAGGUCGUCAUCAAUACACCCCCAAGGUCGAUGCGCAACGUCGACGCGUUCUCAGCUCCGGCAUCCGUGCGCUCAUUCGGGGAUCUGAAGGCUCCUGCUCCUCCACCAAAGAACGAGCGCCGCUCCUCUGGGUUGUUCUUCGCCAAGCGCACAUCAACCCUACCUAUCCAACGCGCCGAACCGGCCGCGCCAGUCGACCUUCAUCGCGGUGCAACUAUCGCGACCUCGAAAGCGCGGGCCUCAAACAUAUUCGACAAGCGUCGUCAGACCAAGCUACCGUCACCACCACCUGUGAAACCGAUCCCUGCGUUGGCCGUCACUAUGCACUCGCAUGCUUCCGUGGAGGCGGGCCUACGCGCGAUCGAGGACGAUGAGGCGAGGCGUUUGGCGGAGGUUGCAUACUUUUGA